AUGCAGCCAAAAUCCAUUGCAUUACUACAGAAGAUAGAUAAUAUAAUAGAAACAAUAAUAUUAAAAUUUACAAAUAUAUUUGAAAAUUUACAAAAUGCAAAUAAAACUACUGAAACAUUAGCUAUGGAAAGUGUUACAAUGGAAAAUAAUUGUAUACAAAUAAUUAGAUUAUGUCAAGAUUUAAUAAGUAUAUCACGAAGUUUAAAAGAAAUUUGGGUAUUAAAUAGUAUUAAAGUAUCACAAGAGAAAUCUGAAUGGAAACAAGAAGAAAUUGAUUCUUUAUUUAAUCAAUUUAAUUUGCUAACGGAUAAAAUUGCCCAAUUUGAAAUGACUGGAGGAAAUAGUAAUAUUAACGACACAAAUAGUAAUGGUAAUGGUAAUAUCAAUGGAGAUAAAUAUACUUCAAUACAAGGAAAUUAA